AUGGUAGAUAUUAGUACACCUCCAUUCUUAGAACUACUACAUAUUAUAUCAGGACAAGAUCGUUAUGACUAUUACACCGAGAUGCAUCAUUGUCGAGCUAUUAUUCACCAUGCAAAUCACUUGGAUCGGUUUGUAGGACCACCUCGAUCCAACAUGAUUGUCCAAUUAGGAGGAUCGCAUGUGGAAGAUAUGGCUACAGCAACCAAGAUCCUUCAAGAUCAAGGUUAUGCAGAGGUCAAUAUCAACAAUGGUUGCCCUAGCCCUAAUGUACAACAUGGUAGUUUUGGUGCUGUCUUGAUGAAGACACCUCAGACUGUAGCUGAUAUAUUGACUGCCAUGGACAAGAUGGGCGUAACCAUGCCUGUCACUGUCAAGUGUAGAAUAGGAGUAGAUCAUCAAGACACCAUGGAGUUCUUGCAUGACUAUGUCCAUACUCUAUUGACAAAGACAUCAAAACCACCUCCUCAUUUGAUUGUUCAUGCAAGGAAAUGUAUUUUGAAAGGACUUUCACCUAAACAGAACAGAAGUAUACCACCACUCAAUUACGAAAGAGUGUAUCAGUUAGUAGAGACAUUCCCUGACUUGGUUGUCUCUAUCAAUGGUGGAUUCAAUACAGUAGAAAGUAUUCAAAAAGCAUUAGACAAAGUAGACGGCUGUAUGAUUGGACGCAAAGUCAUGGAUGAACCCUUGUUUUUACAACAAUUAGAUUGUGCUCUUUAUGACCAAACACCCAAAUCUGUUGAUCAGAUUGUUCAAGAUUACUUGGAUUAUGCAGAUAGACUAUACGCUACAAAGCCAAAUGACGACUACCAUCCUCCUCCUCCUACACUCAUGAUUCGACCUUUAAUGGGCUUAUACAAAGGUCGAGUGGGUCGAAACUUUCGUCGGGAAAUCCAGCAUACAUUAAAAGCAGAUACUCCUUUACAUCUUUUUCAUGCUAUUGUCAUGCGUGCAAUUCAUGAAAGCAAUAGUAUGUUAUAA